AUGUGUGAUUCACUGUUAGGAGGGAUUCUUAGUUCGAUAUGUCUUUUCUAUAAUCAGACAGAAUGUUCCCGUGUUCAGUGGACUCCACCAUUGAGAGAAUCGUUUGGAUAUCCAAUCUUUGCGAUACAAAUGACUAUUAUCACUUACUUUUUAAAAUAUAAAACGAAUAAAAAAAUAUGGAUUUUAUACAUUGGUGUGCCUACUACUAUGUUUUUCUUAGUCUGGCAGUUUGCAUCGUUUGCUUUAACGACUCAAAUAGCUGCUCUUUUUAUUUUAUUUUCGUUUGAUUAUAUCAAUGAAAAAAUGGCAUUAACAUUAAUUUAUGCCUACAUGGGUGCAUUUGCAGCUGCAUUUAUACUACUGUUUGGGAAUGAAAUGUUACUUACUUCGUUUUUUUUUGCCGGAUUAAUCACAUUUUUCACGAUACUGAAAUUCCAUCAGAUAUUCAGACGUAUUACUUAUAAUCUGAUUUAUGUCAUUGCUAGCUGUGUCGUUUUUGUUAGCGGAACGAUGGGAUUGAAAAUUUUAUUCAGUAGGGCGCUUCAUGUAGAAGAUGAUGCUCAUAUAUUUCAAUUAAUUCGUGCAAAAUUUACCAAUUAUUCCAAUUUUCAUACGCGACUUUACACUUGUGCCAAAGAAUUUGAUUUUCUCGGAUAUGAAACUGUUGAGACAACGAUGGAAACACUUUUAUUACCGACUGCUGGUUUAGUAUUUUUUUUGCUUGCCAUCGUUUUCUUUCGGAAAGAGUUACCUCGCUUAUUCAAAAAGAGAGAAACUCCAAGAAAUAGUUUACCGGCUGAGAUAUUUUACAAUACAAUACAGUGUGUAUUUUUUGGAAUCUUGGCGAUAUUGAUAAUGCGUCUCAAGCUUUUUUUUGUUCCACACCUUUGUAUAACAGCUUCAAUUAUUGCCAAUUCUAAGAUCAUAAAUGAAGCAUUAAGCAUACGAAUUUCAUCGAAGUUUCGAAGAGCAGUUACAGUAGCUCUUAUAGCAAUGAUGAGCUUUAAGGGAAUAUCAAAUUUGCAAAACCAGUGGAAUAUUAUGGGUGAAUUUAACAAUCCCGAACAGGAAAUGUUGUUAAAUUGGAUUAUAAGAAACACUGAACCAAACUGUGUUUUUGCUGGACCAAUGCCAUUUAUGGCAAGUGUAAAACUAUCCACUAAUCGAGCCAUCGUUAACCACCCUCAUUAUGAGGAUGUAGGUUUAAGAAAUCGAACGAUGAAGGUAUAUGCAAUGUUCAGUAGAAAACCUUUAGCAGAAGUGUAUGGCUCAUUAAAGGAUAUGGGUGUAAAUUAUUUCUUGCACCAUGCAGGUUCAUGUUCAAAACCAACUAAAUCAGAAUGUGGCUAUCGCAGUAUAUGGGAUUUAGAAGACCCAGCCAAUAUUAAUCGUCCAUCAAACUGCGAUAUCUUAAAUGACGUAUUAUAUCAAGAAAAAACAAAUGAAAUAUCACCAUUUCAAAUUGUAUACAUGACUUAUGAAUAUUUGAUUCUAAAGUUAUAG